AGAUCGUGGUACGGCCGGGUAUCAUCAUCACCAUCAUCUUCCCCAAACCAUCAUCAUUACCAUUAUUCACAUGCGCUCACACGAACGCAUCUAACAUACAAACUCGUCUUUCCCACUUUAGUACGCUACGCUUUUAAUCCCCCACCAAGCGCGCAACUAGGAUUAGCGAAAUUCAUGCGCCGCGCCUCACACUGUCUCACGCGCGGGUCCGAACGUACAGUGAGCCGGGUGAGAUAGAACGUUUUUGGGGGGCUGAGCAGUGCUCGGGCCCCGUAGCCGUUUGGAGACUUUUACUCCCCACGGCUCAGUAGCGUGCCGGACGCAAGCUUCUUAGGAUCAACCCUGCUAGCGAGUUUUAGUAGCUUCAACGGGAUCGCUCAGUACAAUUCGAGCACUUCGUGCAGCAGUGCUGCCAGCGGUAACGGUGGUAAGUGGUGAGCAGCGCACUCUCCGAAACGGUCGGUUUCAGAAACUACAACACGCAUUGCAUUUGGCCAGUGCACACAUGGCAAACUCGAUCGAUCCCCACCGAUGCAGCAAUAGACACAGUUGGGGACACAGUUGGGGACACACACACUGGACGCCAGGCUGUGCAUUGUGCAAGAAACCAUCAUCAUCGUCAGCUUGAUCUCCACACCCCAAAUGUGUACGGUUGCUAAUUUUUAGUGUCGUUUAUUAAAGCUGUACUGCAACCGAGCGGCAGAAAAUAAAACAGUAGAAGUGUGAACGAAGGAUUCCCCCCAUCUACGGGACUUGGGACACCGAAGUGCGUGGUAAUGAAAGUGCGUCGUUCAAACACAUCGAAUUCACUGCCCCAACUAGGUCGCAACGGUGUAGUGUGCAGUGAGUCCCCGUAACGUACCGACGUGAUCGCUUAGUACAACCAGUGCCGACGCAUCAAACCACAUUCCGAUGAAACAGUUGACAAUCUACGCGUUCGAUAAUCGAUUAAAGGAGCUGGCGGUUCGUCGCGAGUGAGAGCGAAAGUGUGUUUCUUGGGUGCGUGUAUGAGAAACGUUUUUGAAAAUGUGCCAUAUUCUUCCUAGUAACUCGUGUCGUUUGGCAGUGCUUCUGCUAACGAUCUUCGUUGGCUGCGUCCCAACGACCGCACACGAGUUCACGAUAGGACCGUGCCAAUUCCAGUACCUAGAACCGUGCACCUCGAAAACAAUCGCUUUCUACGUGUUCUCAAGUGAACACCCCAAGGAUGGCCCCGUACUGCUCGAUUCGAUCGAUCCGCACGUCCCGGAACACAUCCGGCUCAAUCACACCAACAAGCUGAUCGUACACGGCUAUGGCGGCAGUAUCGAUUUCAACGCGACCAAAAUGAUCCGCAAAGCGUACUUGCGCAAACCAAACACGAACGUCUUCAUCGUCGACUGGGGUAAGCUGUCCCGGCUGCCGUGCUACCCGACGGCCGCCUUCAACACCAAGCAGGCGGGCGAGUGUACCGCCACCUUUCUGAUCGGUCUGCAGGCGAACCAUCCGGAAUUUAGCACCCGGGACCUGCACGCCAUCGGCUUCAGUCUCGGUGCGCACGUGCUCAGCUUCACCAGCAACGCGCUGGAGAAAUCGAUCGGCGUCAGGUUCCGCCGUAUCACGGGUCUCGAUCCAGCGCUGCCAUUCUUUGCCACCGCCCGGCCACACUGGAAGCUGGACCAGGGCGAUGCCGACUUUGUGGACGUGAUCCACACGAACGCGGGCGUGUACGGGAAGAUCGAAACGUGCGGGCAUGUCGAUUUCUACAUGAACGGUGGCCAAAAUCAACCCGGCUGUGAAAACGAUCAAAAUCAACCCCUGUGCAGCCACAUGAUGUCGGCCGCCUACUUUGCGGAAUCGAUCAACAGCAAGCACGGCUUCUGGGCGACACGGUGCACCAGUUACUUUGCAUACUUUUUCGGCUUCUGUAAGUAUCGCGUGGAGCAACAGCAACAGCAGCAGCAGCAACAAUCGUUGAUUGCCGGUGAAGAUAGCAGCAACAACAGCAGCAGCAGACAGGAAGAGACCGAGCAACCUGACGUGGCCCUGGGCGAAAACAACCAGGUGCCCGAUAGCAAUCGCAUACUGAUGGGCGAGUACUGUUCGAAUACUGAUAUUCGGUUCUAUCUCUUCACCCGCUCGAAUCCGGACGAUCGACAGUACAUCCACAUUGACGAGACCUGGGAACAGUCCAAUCUGAGCUCGUCGUACUUCAAUCCCUCCCAUCCGGUGAAGGUCAUCAUCCAUGGGUACAAUGCGGACAUGUUCCUAACUCCUUUGAUAAACAUGAAAGGAGAGUACUUGUCCCGUGCGAACUACAACCUAUUCUACGUCGAUUGGAGUGAUCUUGCGCACGGUCCAUGCUACCCGUCCGCCGUCCACAAUACACGCCACGUGGGCAAGUGCAUCGGGCAGCUGGUGCAGCGUAUUAUCGAUGCCGGCACGGACAACAUACAUCUUGUUGGCUUUUCUCUGGGUGCACAGGUGACCAACUACGUGUCGACAACGGUGCGACCGUUCCGGCUGAAGCGUAUUACGGGGUUGGAUCCAGCGAUGCCCCUGUUCAUUACGGCCGCACCGGACGAUAAGCUAGAUCCUACCGAUGCCGAGUUUGUCGAUGUGAUCCACACGAACGCUUUGGUGCAGGGGAAGAUCGAACGAUGUGGACAUGUGGAUUUCUACGUUAAUGGAGGAAUACUGCAGCCAGGUUGUUGGGGCUCCGGACAAAACCCAAUGGCAUGCAGUCAUCAUCGCGCCCCAGACUACUACGCCGAAUCGAUCCGCAGCCUUACCGGCUUUUGGGGCUGGAGCUGCCAAAGCUACGUGUACUAUCUGCUUGGGUUUUGCCCACAGAAUAAUGCGCAAGUCAUCGCCGGGGAAGAUUGUCCCACCGGUACCGAGGGCAUGUUUAUGAUAACGACCAACCCUGCUUCUCCGUUUGCCAUCGGUCGGUGGGCUGGUUUUAGCAUUCCCCAGAAGAAAGAUGCCAUUCUGAAUAAGCACGGGCUGAAUCGGGACCCAUUCAUCAGCGAUAUCGAUCAGUGGGGCAAGCUCGAUAGUUCCUUCAACAAUGUGGACCACUUUCCUACCCCUUACUCACAGGAUCCAAACCACCAGGGCUCGCAGGGCGGAGAGGAUGAUGAGUGGCCAUACUUUAACCAUGUCGGAACAAGCGACCUGACCAAGGAACACAUCAGGAAAAUUCUAGAGCAAGACAAAUCACGCUACAGUGGUGACGCGUUGCCAGCGGUAAAGAGCACCCUGGCCACGACGAUCCUUCCAGCGGUGGCGCCCCCUAGCGACAACGACAUUGACGAUGCGUUCUACCUGCAAGAUUUACGGCGCCGAUUGCAGCAGAAGGAAGCGAGCGUUAUGCAACGCUACACGAUGCCAAUGUUUAAUGCACAUUAGUGCAGUUUCGGUCGCCACUAUGUCUGCACUGUGCACCCCAAAACACCCCAUCAAUUAUCGUACUCUCGUGUGUUGUACGUCGGCGUUUCCCGGGGCACAGGCGGAGCCACAAGUCAUCUUUAUCUAAUUAAUGAGUCUCGCACGCCCAGUUCACUGUAAAAAGUAGUGUAGAAAGUGAAGCUACAGUACAGUCAGGAACCGGUUCUUUCGGAGGGAUGGGUGGAUAAAAAAAAGAAACAGGAAAUUAAGUGUCACACUCGCUUACCUUUGACGCAUCGCACCCUGUCCCACCUCAGAAACUUUGAUUCGUUCCGUUCUGUUCGUUAACCCAUUGUCAGCUGCUUUUGCGAGGGGCCUAGUUGCUACCCACCCUCCCCCCGAUAACUUCACUUUUCCUUGGCGUUGGAUAGUGGCGUUCAUGCGUGCAGGCAAAAUGGCUAUCCAAUCAACCCGGUUAACCACAUAUUCUAAUCAAACCUGCUUAGAACGGUUAGACGGUAGAGUAAAUACAAAAAAAAGAAAAAAAAGAUUCCACCCAAUGUGGCAGGUCCGCAAUCGGCUUAUCUCGGCACAAUGCUGGCACUAAAACGAAGCGUUUCGUUUGCUCCCCAACCCGGUUUCGGUGGUGACUCUUAUAAAUUGUCCUUCCUGGUUGGCGAUCGCUUUAGUGUGUUUCGGUGACGGUUUUUGUGCAGGCAAGCAAGACAGUUUUGCGGCUUUUAGCGUACGAUCACCAUGGUGAUCUGGAGCAGCGUGACGAUCGUUGCAGUACUUCUACUCGCAGGAGGUUCGUAGCCGUUUGUUUGUAGUGUAUGACAGUGCCAUUUUAGAGUGUAUGCCUGUUUUUUUGUUAUACUGUGAAUGAUUAGGAGAUUGUGUAACAUUGGAUUUAAAAUCUUAGUUUUAAGUGUAUCGUGUGAAAUGCACAGUUAGAGAAAACACAAGUGUAUGUAAUUGUUUGACGGUGUGUAAUAAGGCAACUCCGUUUUGAAGAGUUUGGAAAAGGCAAAUAAGAAGAGAGGACAAUAAAAAAUCGCAUAUCAUAAAAGUUA